UUCGUUCGGUACACAUUUCGAUGAUGUUACGUUUCGCUAAUCAGUGUGCCAGUGUGCUAUUUGGAUUAUCAUCACUUUCCGGAAUGCUAGUGUGAAAUGGUUUGACUUAUCCUGGAAGUUUAACUAUUCUUUGGAUUACAAAUGGGUCAAGGUCAGACCAAGGCUUCCAAGCGUCGUGAGACGAAUGGGGAGCAAGGACCAUCCCCCAAAAAGGAAGCCAAAAAAUCUCCAAAGAAAACCAGGUCCUCCAGGUCAUCUAGUACAGAAUCUCCUUCCAAAGGUAAAAGAUUGCCCAUUGAGGAACAGGAAGAGUCGCCAACACAACAAAAACGUCGGGGGUCAAGGUCAAGGUCGUCACCUGGUAAGGCCUCAAAAGACUAUAACGGGGACUCAGAGAGUGCAAAAUACGUAGAAUCUCCCCCAAAACCAAAGCGGACUUUUGAAGUGGACUUUGUUGAGCCACAAAAAGAAAAUGUGCCUGUAGAACUAGAUGGAAUGGAUACAUUAAACGUGUCAGAAAUACGCAAUAUGGAGUAUACUAGUCAAACCCCUAAUGGACAUGGACAUGAACACAUUUUAACGCCCAAGAAAACUAGUGAUUUAAAUCGGCCCCCACAGGCGACUUCUACUCCCGCACCCAAUGGAAUUGUAAGCACUGGCAAGGGAGGCCAUUCCAGUGAUGAAGACCACACAGAUGUUAGUGACGAUGAGGCAUAUGCUUCAGAACAGCAUUUGCGAUCAACUAGUCCAUCAGCAUCGAAUGUUUCGUUGAAAUCGUUUUCCACCAUCCAUAGCUCAUCAUUGCGCACUAAAUCGUGUCGGAUAACAGCCUUCAGUGGCAUGUGCCUGCCUGGGCGAUUCUGGCACUCAACUAACCAUGUACAGAUGCUGGUACAAAUAGCUGACUAUGAUUCUUCUUACGAGAGGAAACGGGAGGUGAACUACGGGAAGUUCUACAACACGAGUUACCUGAAGACCGGCAGCUCCCAGAACUACGUACACCGGGGCCGCACGCUGUCUGAGCCCAGAGUGAAGAACAAUGUGAACCAGUUCAUUAGACCAGAAAACUUUUCUUAUUCAAAAGGAACGCCAAGUUUCUUGAAGAACACUGCAAAGAAAAGCGGCAUGAUGACAUUAGCACAAGGCAAACCUGUAACAAAAGUACGCCGGAGCUCUUCGCCUGGCCCAAUCCCCGAGGGAACUGGAACAACUCCAGCUGAUUCGGAAACAAGAACUGGAAGCUUGAAGGGAAUCCGGCGGAACCUAGAGGCAGUAAGAAUGAGUACAUUUCCCGCCGGGAAACCUCCGCCCCCUCGGGAGAUUGCGAAGAUUGAUCGGGACGACUGGCCGGCUCCCCCCUCACCAGCAGCCAUCUUACCAGAAAUAUUACGGCAAAGACGUAAGAGCCGUGGGGAGGAGGAUGUAGACGAAGAUGAGGCUGUCUUUGAGGACCCAAAAAUAAAACGAGAAAUUGAAGAACUGCGCAAGUUCAAGGAUGAAUCUGGCAUCGGCAAGGUCAUCUACAACGAGCUGGAGGUCGCCAAAAAGGCGCCCCUGAAACUACUGGACCCUUGGAAGGCGUCACGGGUGCCUAACGCAAAAUAUGAGCCCAAGUACCAGACCCGAUAUCUGUCCCCAAUGUUUGCAUCACCCUCCCGUAUCAUAGAUCGUUCACGGCGGUCCUGGGAUGAUAGUGAUAUCAGGGGAUACCGCACGAUAUCCAUAGUCGGCAACUUCCCAGCACCUAAGCCUGGAUAUGGACUUUCGCCAAGGGCAGCAACCCUGCCUGUUUCGGGAAUGUACGGGGGACCACUAGAUCUAGAUUAUAGGGUUUAUGAUUUGACAUUGGCUGAGGGGAGAGAUCAUCGAGUGUCAAUGUCGUCACUUAACACAGAGACUAGCAAAGUUACCAGCACCAUAUUUGACCAGCCUGGCGUUUCGUUGAUGACAUUUCAAAAGAGCUCUUGGCACACAGAGUCAAAACCACCGGAAUAUCCAUAUGAUAGGUUGAAGAUCUCCAACUUUGAUCUUCCCAAAGAUGUAGAUAGAAAUAUGUUAGAGAUCCAUUUACCGGAGGACGAGUUUGUAGAUAUAUUUGGAAUGUCCUCUGAAGAGUUCCAUCACAUGCCUGAGUGGAAACGAAACGAUCUGAAACGGAAAAAGGACCUGUACUGAAAUUACAAGGAAGAAAAUUGCGUACAAUUUUAAGCAGGGAUUAUGAAAUUUGUGUUCCACAACAGGCUUGCUUUUGGCGAAUGAUGUCAGCUCAGAGGUUUUAAGUGAUACCAAAUUUAAUUAUGGAAUAGUGUUGUCAUUAAAUGCUGUUUGACCAACAGGGCAAUGCAAACUGUUUGUUUUUGCCAUCCCUGAAUAUUUGUAUAUUCAAUGUGUUCAAAUUAUUUUUGUAUUCGAGCCGGGAUACAAUUCACCCAGCCGCACACGUGUACACAGAAUGACUGACUACAGAUUUUAGCUAAGUGUUGUAAGAUUGUCCCAUACUGCUGCGCGACUGGUGAUGUCUUUCUGUGAAAAGUCUGUGAAAUGUCGGUGAAAUUUUGUUACCAUGUGAAAUCUUCUAUCAGAGUUUUCCUUCACUUCUCUUACAAUACACCUAUGAUGUUGCCUCAACUUCAAGAAUCUUGCAAAAAUGGAAAAUAAGUAUGUAUUUUAAGCACAUAUGAAACAGUUUUAAGGAUUAUAGACCACCAGCAUAAAAAUAAAGAAUGAACAAGCGUGAGUGGGGUGGGAAAGAUUGUCUUAAUAGGGGAAAAUUUAAAAGUUGUGAUUCCUAAUAACGUGUGCUCAUUACACAAGUUAAGCAUAAAACUUGUGUAUCUGAAAUUGAAAUUUAAGAAGACAGUACAGUUUUACACUCAUUCCUGUAUUAAUGAUUUGCACAAAUAAAUCGGUUUUCAACCGAUGGGAAACAAAAUCCCUGAAUGGACAGGGAGAGUUAACAGUAUUGUGUGUCUUAAAUAUUACACUCAUGCAACCAAAUACCAAAAGGAUUUAAGUGAACAAGUUCUCAGAUUUUAAUACAGCGUAUUUCUGAAAAAUGAACGUAAAUGUAUUUACUAAUAAUCUAUAACAUCAGAAGAAAUAGUAAAUAGGUUUAAUGGAACACUUUUCCCUCACUGGAAAUUGAACCCUGGACCUUGUGGAAUAAACGUUAACAUGCUACCACUGGGCCAGCUCGGCAUAGAAUUAACUGCUUAUUUAAAAUGCUAUGAAAUAAGUAAAUUUUCUAUGACAUGGAUAACUUAAUACUUUUUUAGCUCACCUGUCACGAAGUGACAUGGUGAGCUUAUGUGACCGUGUGAUGUCCGGCGUCUGUAUGUGCGUGCGUGUGUGCGUCUGUCAACAAUUUGCUUGUGUAGACAGUAGAGGUCACAGUUUUUAUCCAAUCUUUAUGAAAUUUGGUCAGAAUGUUUAUCUUGAUGAAAUCUGGGUUGGGAUUGUAUUUGGGUCAUCUUAGGUCAAAAACUAGGUCACUUGGUCAAACAAUAGAAAAAACGUCAACAAUUUGUUUGUGUAGACAGUAGAGGUCACAGUUUUCAUCCAAUCUUUAUGAAAUUUGGUCAGAAUGUUUAUCUUGAUAAAAACUGGGUUUGGAUUGUAUUUGGGUCAUCUGGGGUCAAAAACUAGGUCACUACGUCAACACUAGGUCAAAUAAUAGAAAAACCUUGUAUAGACAAUAGAGGUGGCAGUUUUCAUCCAAUCUUUAUGAAAUUUGGUCAGAAUGUUUAUCUUGAUUGAAAAUGGGUUGGAAUUGUAUUUGUGUCAUCUUGGGUAAAAAACUAGGUCACUAGGUCAAAUAAAAGAAAAACCUUGUGUAGGCAAUAGAGGUCACAGUUUUCAUCCAAUCUUUAUAAAAUUUGAUCAGAACGUUAAUAUGAUGAAAUCUGGGUAAGGAAUGUAUUUGGGUCACCUGGGGUCAAGCACUAGGUCAAUAGAUCAAAUAUUAGAAAAAUCUUGUGUAGACAAUAGAGGUCACAGUUUUCAUCCAAUCUUUAUAAAAUUUGGUCAGAAUGUUUAUCUUUAUGAAAUCUGGGUUGGGAUUGUAUUUGGUUAGUCAGGUGAGCGAUUCAGGGGCAUCAUGGCCCUCUUGUUUACAUUUUGUUUCACAAUCCAUCAACAAAAUGAUUUUAAACACAUUUUUUGAGUCACGAAUGUUAUUUCCAUAUGUUAACAAGCCCCCUUUAAGACUCUUUUUCAUAGCCAACCAUAGAUAUGAAUAUAAAUCGGGUGUGGUAUAAGAGGUCAUUCACAUGCUGUCUGGUCAUUUUUGGUGCAUGGGUGUGGAAAUUAGCAGAAUAUGUUUUAAUAUAAAAAGAGUUGUGUUUUAGUGCAUAAUUAAUAAUAUAAACAUCAGUUUUACAGUGAUUAAGAGUGAUAUUAAGAUGUUUGUUUUAGCUGCUUUCUUAUUAAGACAGUUUUUAUGAAAUUUCUAAUAAAAAAACAACACAAAGUGUGUUGCAUAAUUAAUUGUUUCAAACUAAUUAACUGAUAUUCUUUUUUUUUCUUGGCAUUCAGUUGAAAAUAAUAUAAACAGUUAUAUUUGGACAUUGUAUUAAUUUUAUAUGUGUGUUACUGAAUGUGUUAUUUAUAUUACCAUACUUGCGGCUUUUUAUACUUGUCUAUCUACCCCUACUUAUUUAAGUAAUUUUUAUAUGUUUUAAAUCGGUACCAUUUUUAUACAGGUAUUUUUACAUACCUGUUCUCUUGCUUCGAUCUUUUUUUCUGAAACUAAUUUAUAUUAAUGCACCCUUUUGUCUGUUAAGAUUUCUCUUAAUUUGGAUGAAUGUUUGUGUCCUUAAACUUUUAUGUGACAUGUGAUACAAUAUAAAUUAUCAUAAUCAAAACAAAAAUGCUGAAUCAGCGACAAUCACUAUGCAGCAAAUAUAACAUGGUUAAACAGAAUUAUAUAUUUAUUUAGAAUUCAGAGAAAUAUAUUAUACCUGUUGUUAGAUUGGUAUUCAGAUAUUUAUGCAGUCAAUAUUUGUGUGAUCCCUAAACCUGACAAUAUUUGUGUGAUCCCUAAACUUGAUUAAUGUCGUUGUUGUGCAUUUACAAGUCUGCCUUUGUGAGAAAAAAGAUGUUUAGUUGAAUGUAUAGCUGUCUGACAUAAACUGACACUGAACAUACGUGCAUGAAUUUAUUAAAGGACGGUUGUGAAGAGAACAUUGUAGCCUUGCGAUAGAGAUACCAGGCUUAAUGUAUGUGCAUAAAGUGUACCAAAUCAGAUUGUGCAGUCGGCAUACUUAUAUUUAAGUUUACAUGAUGUGUGUAUCAGUCAAAGAGAAAUUAAAUAAAGUGCAUUCGAUAUCAUCUUAAAAAAUGAAUGUACACGUAUGGGUCCAUGAGACAAAACAUAUGCAACAAACAGAAGAUUUCGCGCGUAUAUUUGUUUUUGAAAUAUCUCCAUUUUCAAAUUAAAAUGCUUAAAAAGACAUGUAAGUUUCCAGUAUGCAUGUUUGUUUGUUUCACUUUUAAUACUGUAUCUUUUUGAAAAAAAUAUUGUGCGUAGUUUCCAUUUAAGAUUUCUUUAUCUGAGAUUGCUGUAUAAAAGCUGUGAUGAAGUUUUUGUGUUAAUAAUCAUUAGGUAAAAAUAGGUAUGGAAAAAUGUAUUUUAGUUUUAAAGCAUUGAACAUAAUUAUUUGCUCACUUAAACACAUUUUGAGAGAUCUGCUUGAAAUUGUAUUUGAUAACCAAUAUUGGUAGUUGUUAAAAAUUAUGAUAGUGUGUAUGUGUGGUUCUAAAGAUUAACAAAGUGUUUAUGUGGGUGGAAACAACAAAAAUGUAAAAGAAGUGAUUUUGUUUUUGUCUCAGAAAAAGUCCAUAAAAUUUAGCUUUUCCAAAAUGAAUCCAAAUUAUCAAAUAUGCAUUAGUACAAAUUAUUUCUCUUUUAUUUAUUUUAUGUUGUCACAUUAUUGUUUUGUUAUUAGUUGUUGUUAUUUUCAUAGAGUAGGUUUAAAUGGGCAUAGCUGUACAAAUGAAUGUCUGUUAAGAAAUUUGAAUAUUUUUCUUUAUAAUCAUAAGUUACUUAAUAGUUUAAUAAUAACUAUUAAAUGGACUUGUUAUUUACAGGUUUCCGUUAGAAAUCAGUGUUUACAAAAAUGCAAUUUUUACUUGAUUUUUUUACCUGCGCAAAAUAUCAGUUGUAAAUAAACAAUAUAGGUCUGAUUUGUGAUUUGUAAAAUUAAUGAAAUUUUUAUGUAAAAAAUGUUAUAGGUACAUAAAUCAGGUCUCAAAAAGGUUGUGUUGUUAAGUGACUGUGGGUUGAUCAUAGCUUUCAGGUUUAUUUUUAGCUUACAUUUAUGUACUUGUUUCAGUUUUUACUGUGUUGUUUGUAAAUAGGCUAAUUCUGAGUUGUGCAAACCAGUAAGUAUCUCUAAUUAUUGUUGUUUUUGUGUUAUAUUUAUUUAUGCUUUAUUGAUGAAAACAGUGUUACAAUUGAUAACAUAACUGUUGACAGUUCAAGAGAAGUUUUUACCUCUCUGUAAAACCCAUGUUGUGAUUUACCUUUCUGUAAAACCCAUGUUUUGAUGGCAUUAGUGAUUACAGCUGGUAGCAAAUUUAGAACUUUUAGUUCAAACAUGCCUUUUCUGUAAAUUCUGCAAAGUUUAUUACUCAAUGUAUUCUUCUCACAUACACACAAGAGUUUGAUCACAAUCUCAUAACUAAAAAGCAUUAUAAUUUGUUGUAUGGAAGAAUUAUACAAUUUAAUAUGAAUAUAUCCUGUAGCAAACACAAAUAAAAUGUUGUUUCAUGAGAAUUAAAAAAAAUACAUAUGUCUUACAUAUCUUACACAAAUAUGUACAAUACUACAAACAUCGUGAAAUCAGACUGUAUAUGUCAGAUGUGUUGGUCAUCAUCAGGGCCGUACCCAGGAAAUGUUGACUGGGGGGGCCCAAAGGGGAGGGUGCGGGAGGGGUUGCCCCUCCCUAAUAUAUAUAUUUUUUUUUUAUUAGGUACUGUUAAAGGUGAAUUUUAAUGCAUAUAGAAACAUAUGAUGUGUUAUAAAUUUAUGGAUAUAUAACAAGUAAAUCAGCACCUUUCUGAAGUCUAAAGCUUUAUCCAUUACGGACCGUCCAUAAAGUAUGUCACGCUCCAGGUGGGGGGAGGGUGAGUAAGAAAGUGACAGUUUGUGACAUGGGGGAGGGGAGUCAGGCCAUGUGUGAUGUCACACAUUUAUUAAAAAAAAAUUGUAUAAUUUAUUUAUUAUUUCUUAAGUAGAAUUUAAAAAUAAUUUUCAAAAAAAAUUGUGAAACAUUUGAAUUAGUUUUAUGUCAAAAUAAGACGAAUUGCGUAUCCUGAUUCUGUUGUUCGAAUGUUUAAUAGGCAACUUGGCUGGGCCGGCUUAUUCAAUAGGCACAACCUCCACACAGAUUUUAAUGACGAAAUAAUUGGACUGUUCCAUUAUUAGUUAGUAAAGGGCUGAAAGAAAAUCUAAAUUAUAAUUUCGUUUUUAUUAGAGGUUAACACGUGGAUAAAUAUUCAUUCUGCUCAUCGUAACAACCCUUCAGUUAUAAAAGCCUGUAAUGUGAAAGUUCUUUUACCGGUAAGUGAAAUUUUAAUAUGGUUUAAUAGUGAAUUGAGUUUUAUUUUAAAUUUAAAUUAAGUAUUAAUCUUAAAAAAAUGUUCGAAAGUGUGAGUUUGUGACAUACUUUAGGGUCCAAGAUUUUGUAACAGUUUGUGACAUGCUGGGGUAAAAAUGGUAAAAAAAGCGUGACAUGCUUUAUCAACGACCCCUUAGUGUGAAAUUCACACACAUGUUUAAAGCUUUAGAUUUCAGAAAUGUAUUACACUUUAUAAAGAAGUAAAAGCAACCUUUGAAACUAAAAAACCUUUAUUAUGAAAUGUAACAUAAAGUAUGACUGUAAGAGAAAAUACUACUAUUGUUAUAUGUCAGUAACAUAUAACCUACUAGUAUUUUCUCUUUGAAACCAAACCUCCUCUAUAUAAAAUUUCAAAGUAAAUUCAUUAUAAAAUGUUUAUCAUCUACAAGACAGUUUUCACAGAAAUGUUUAAUAAGCUAUGACUCUAGAGGAGGUUUGAAUUCAAAAGAGAAAACACUAUUAUCGUUCAGACCUACGACCUUCUUUAUCAGUUCCAUCCAUUCGCUGUGUCUCUUUCCUUGACCAAACAAAAGACGUGUUACACCCACCGCCAAAAGAUGAAGCAUUGAGCACAAUGGGUAAUUGACAGAUCGGGCAUGUGUGUACAAGGUGAUAAGAAAACAAUGCCUAGGGGCUUAUCUCCACUGGCGAGUAAAUUAGCGCUAAUCCCCUUGUGUAUCAGGGGCAAUAAAACAAAUCUGCACAUUUGUAUUGCAGGGAAGUGCACUGUGGGCCCUUUCACGUGAGAAAAUUUGCAGUGGGCCCAUUAUUAAAAAAAUCAUAACUCGAUAGCCAGCUGGGGGGGCCCGGGCCCCUGGGCCCAGUGCCUGGGUACAGGCCUGAUCAUGAACAUUUAAAUCUAAUUUGACUGUAGUAUUUUAACAUAUCAUUAUCAUCCAUUCAGCUUUAUUCUGUCUUGAGUUUUAAACAACUCACACAAUUCUGGAAACACAAGGCAUUACAUUAAUACAGAAAUAAUGCUCAGGAUGUGAAACGAUUUGUCAUUUCAUACCAUAUUUUAUUGCAUAAGUUAUUAAAUGAGGAAUUUUGUUAGUAAGCCAGCGUUUUAAAAGUUUACUAAAAAAAAUUCUUUGAAGAAUUUAAUAAUUCAUAACAUGAAAUGACAACUUUUGUAGUAUUCAUUUUUAUCAUGUGCUUUAUAAUAAGCACAGAAAUUUAAUUUUACGUGAAAGUCAUGAUAAACGUGAAAGUUGUAUAAAUUUUGUGACUUCACAUGAUAAUGUAACAUGAUAUCUUGGGCCCAUAAGGCAUUACAAAAACAGCCAAUUAAAACGCUCAAAACAUUGUUUUGCACAUGUUUAUGAAAUACAAUUAUUUAUUAUGGUUAUAUUUCAUAUGAGAUAAACAUAUUCAGUAUGUUUAUAUUUCAUAGAGCACAAGGUGAAGCAUUUACUACCAACGUUCAUGCCAGUACAUGCCUUCAUAAUUUAUAAAUUAUAAGUGUAUGUCAGUAUACAAGUAAUCAUUUUUAGCCAGAAUUGGUUUUUAGCCUUGCAUAUGCUCAUGACGUUUUGCCCUUUACAUGUGUUUCAUUUAUAAUAAUAAGUAAUACAUUUAUAUUGAAACCACUUUUUGUUGACAAAAAUAUAUUAUAAAAUCAUUGUA